AUGGGAGAAAGCUCAGUACAAACUAACUUCUCUUCAUCAUCACCAAGACAAGUGAAACUAUUUGGUUUUCAGGUGACGGAAUGUGAUCAAACCACUCCUCCGCCACUUGUUCCAUCGGAGGACAAGAGAUUUGAAUGCCAAUUUUGUCAUAGAGAAUUUGCGAAUUCUCAAGCACUAGGUGGACACCAAAAUGCACAUAAAAAGGAAAGGCAAAGAACAAGACGAGCUAAAUUUAUCGGUUAUCAACAGCGUUUCCGUCCUGUAGUUCCAUUGAUUAAUGCACACGCAGUAAGAACAGGAGCGCUGAUUAAUAAUAACGUGAGGUAUUAUCGGUCACAGAUACUUUCAGGGGUUCCACUUCGAUAUCAGAUACAUUUGCGCCAACAACAACACAUGAUGGCCGUUCAAAAUCAAGAUGUUGAUGGAACGGAAGUUGAUCUUCAUCUACGACUUGCACCUCCUUAG